AUGACAUCCUUCAACGGCCCUUGGUCAGGCGAUCUCGACGCGUUUAAGAAGUCGGUGCAGUCGAUGCCAGAUCAGUACAAGUCGUCCUUUGCUGCCGCUUCCAAGAGCACUCUCGAAAAGGUCUGCGACCCAGGUGUCCUUCAUAUCUGGGAGACCGACUCCGAUAUCGACAGCCUUCUCCAACUCACGUCGGUCAUCGCCAAGCUGUGCGACCUCGGCGUGCGCAAGAACAAGGGCGCGAACGAAAGUGAUGGCAGUAUGCUGAUCAUUGCUGAAGAGAGUCGAAGUAGGAACAACUUCGGUCGCAUCUGCCAGUUGGUUGAGUAUCUGACUGGAGCUGAUGGCAAGAAGCAUCUCGAAGGCACCGUGGCGGUGUUCAGCAAGAUUGUCAUAGUGAGGGGAUGGGAUAACGGCGUUCUAUCUGGACAGCAGGAGGCGCUCGAGAAGACAGUGAAGAGAGUCAACACGGCUGUCGAGCAAGUACUGAAGAUGGGCGGAUUGCAGAAGAUAGUCUGGCAUCACGGCGCUGUACUGCACUUCCUGCUACAGUGGAUCAACAUGACAACAUCUCCUCUACGAUCCGCUUUAUCUGCAAUCACCGUCACGGGAUCCCUCAACCUCGCAGACGGAAUAGCACCUUCGGUAUCUGGACGAGCGAACAAACUGCCAGAUCUCGAGCGCCUGGAACAGUUCGCGAAGAAAUUAGACACACCCAUUGUCUUCCUCGAUGCACCUAGUCAGUUGCUUAACUUCGAGUAUCUCGGUACGUAUGUGUACUACUACGCUUACUACAUCAACACGUUCCUUCCUACCUCGCUGUCGCGACCUCACCUCCACAAAGCGCAAGAUGAGCUCGUUACCUUUGCAUUCCGACUCCGCGCUGCGAGUGAAGGCAGGUACGGCAGUGACGCAGUAAAGAUGGUGCAGAAGCAUCUCGAUGCGAGCAAGGCGAAACACUGGGCAAGGAUGUGCGUGAGCAAAGACAACUACGAGAAGAGCAAGUGUCGUGCAGCCGGCAAAGACGAAACCAUACACCACGCUGUUCAGCUAGCAGAUAGCCCAUUCGCCCUUCUAGCCCACGGCGCGGGAGUACCUGCAUUUGCCAGGCUAGCAGUCGGACCCGCCUCUGCUUCCGCACAAGAUAAUUACACCGCAGCGCCCGUCAAUAUCGCCUUCACUAAGUCGCAAAUCCGACCUACCAGCCCAGCGACCUUCCACAUCCUCAUCCCACAGUCAUCCCAGGAUCUCGAAAAAGUCACGAACCGCGUUCAGGGCCUCAUGAUGGCCGUGCUAGAGCGCGUAAGACAGGAGAAAGGUAACCCUGUGCUCGGAGACACGGAGAAAGGGAUGUGGAAUGCGGUUGUCAAGGCAUGUGAAUGGGCGAUUGGAGGGUGUGACGAGAGUAAGAUGCCUAAAGGUGUGGCGAAGAAAGUUGGAUUCGUUAAGGGCAAGUUGAGGGAGGGGACUUGGGGGUUCGCGCUGAACCCACCGAAAGAUGUGGGGAAGACGGCUACAACUAACGUGGCUGCGGUGGCUGCGAUGCCGGAACCUAAUCGAACAUAUGGGUUUGGACAGAAUACGCAGCAGACUAGGGGGUCGCACCUGGCAUAUAAUGGGGCUGAGCAGCAGCAGCAGCAGAUGCCGCAGCAAGGCUAUGGAGGGGGAAUGCCACAGGGGCCUAUGCCGAGUCCUGUUCAAGGCGCUGCGUAUGCUCAGCCGGUGCCUGGCCAGAUGCCAGCGCAAGGUAUGUACACUGGUGGUCAGGGUCAAGGUCAUAUUCAAGGUCAAGACUAUGGUGGUGGUUACUUCCCUGGCGGACAAAGUGCGGUGUUGCCGUCGCACCGUGGAUUUGAACAUGGGGGAAGGGGCGGUGGAUACCCACAGAGCAUGGGUGGCCCUUGGUGA